UGCCUGAUGUGAUACAGAGCUUGAACCAGCAUUUUCCGGACGAGCGACAGGAGUCAACGAAAAUGACGAUAAGCUCGGCUGACGGAUGCCCGACUGUCCAGGGGAACAGGUGAUCCCAGGCUGCUGUAACAUGGCUGGCUUUAAUAUGGAAGAAAAUCUCGAGUACUGGCUGAAAUGCCUGGAGGAGAACGAUCAGAAGGUAUACUACGAGGCGCAGAAAGAACUAUUCAACAUCUGCCAGAAUUUGUUGAAAUCGCCGAGCAAUGACCGAUAUCGCGAGGUACGUCUCGACAAUGAAAUCAUCAUCCAGAAGAUUCUACCAGCUAUCGGCGCCAUGGAGUGUUUGAUCGAGGUCGGCUACGUCGAGGAUGGCGAGCGUUUAUUUUUCCCACACAACGCGGCUCUCUGGAGGAUCCAAUGUUUGUCGCAAAUGUUGCGUACCAGACUGCAGCAAUCUGUAACUACAAUCAAGGGGUUUAAUAAUAGGAAGAAAUUCUUUGAGAAUAUUAUUAACCGUCACAAGAUUGUUUUGCUUUACGAGAAUGAGGAGUUGCAAAAAGAAGCUAUGAAGUUGAUACCUAUCGAUUCAUUAGGAAUGAAAUCAGUGAGAACAUUUAGGGAACUGCAAAGGUCUUGUAAAAUGUAUGAUUCAGCGGCAACUACUUCUACAGACGUUAAGAAAGAAUUGUCCCUCCGAGACUUUCUUCUGGUCACGUUCACAAGCUGGUUUAAACGAGAAUUCUUCAAGUGGGUCGACGUCCCAAUGUGCCCAGUGUGUUCUAUUAAAUGUAUAUACCUAAAUGCAAUAUCAAGUUCAGAUGUUCAAUGUUCAAGGGUAGAAAUGUUCAGAUGUCCAAAGUGUCGGGAAAAGGUCCCGUUUCCUCGUUAUUCGCAUCCGAAACCGUUGUUGAAAACGAGACGCGGUCGUUGCGCCGAAUGGGCUAACGUGUUCACGCUUAUGUGCCGAUCAUUGAAAUACGACGCACGACUUGUAUAUGACGAGACAGAUCACGUUUGGACGGAGGUGUGGUCACCGACACGGAAUAAAUGGAUUCACGUAGACCCGUGCGAAAACGUGGUGAAUAAGCCGUUGAUGUACGAAAAGGGAUGGAACAAAAAGCUGUCAUAUAUAAUAGCCUACUCGAAGGACGAGGUGCAAGAUGUCACAUGGCGUUACACGCGGGAUCCGAAAGCCGUCCUGAAAAGACGAACAGUGUGCACCGAGGAAUCUUUGAUAAAAGUUAUCCGAGCAAUGUGCAAUGUGCGACUAAAUGCUGCUAACUGUAGCGCAGCACGUAAGAAAUACGUCAUCAAUCGAACUCUGUGCGAGCUCGCUGGUAUGAUAUAUACACCGAACUCGCAAGACGAGGAUUCCGAAGAGACCUACGAAGGGCGAUCCUCGGGUUCUCUCUCGUGGAGAAUAGCACGGGGCGAGAUUACGUCUAUGGACAAGAAUAACCUGGAUAAAAAUAUAGAGAAGAAUUAUAUUUGGGAUAUCUCCAAGUAUGGGCAAACGUUUGAAUUACGAUACAAUGUCAUUCAAGAUAUAUACGAAGUUGUACGUAACGAUGGCACCUCUUUAGAGCAAAUAAAUGGAUGGUUAGAAGGGAUCAAUUCCACAUGUGGUGGAGUAUUUCGUAAAACAGAGGACGACUGGAAAAUGGUCUACUUAGCACGAUCUGAGGGAGCGAAAUACGGACGUGUUACAUGGACUUUCAAAAUUACAAGUCCUGAAUUAUAUAUAAAGACAUUUAACUUGAAAGCUAAGACGCAGGUAUUUCACAAGGCUAGUGUGUCUUGGGAAAUCGAAGCUAUCUUUGAUGACAAUAGAACUACCGUAAUACCUAUUGCCCAAAGCAGUGAUUUUCAUACGAAAAAAGUGGAAAAAGCUGUGAAGUUAAAUUUAAGUGCAACACUAUCUGGCGGAAAGGAUGGAAUUGCUUGGCAGCAUGCCCAACUUUUUCGACAAAGUAUGGAAAGUGCAGAGGAACCAUCUAUGCUAAUUACGAUUCAACUGGAAAAUCAAUGUGCAUGAUUCCUAUGAACUACGUUCUAAUUUUAACAAUAGAAUCAUUGUAUAGUAAAUUAUUUGUGAGAUAAUUGCAUUUGUAUUAUAUAAAUAUGUAUAGUAUCAUUUCAUAUA